GGCCAGGCGCACCCACGGGGCCCCGGGAGCGUAUGCUCUCGCGCAGCUGAACCAGGUGCAGCUUGGAGAGGCCGGGGCCCCCUGGGGUGCAGGUGGGGGCCAGGGCCAUGGAGCCCCAGGCCGCCCCCUCGGAGAGAAGCCUGUCUCUAUCUUUGCCCGGGCCCCGGGAUGGCCAGGCCACCCUGAAGCCGCCCCCCCAGCACCUGUGGCGGCAGCCGCGGACCCCGAUCCGUAUCCAGCAGCGCGGCUACUCGGACAGCGCGGAGCGCGCCGAGCCCGAGCGGUCGCCACACCGGCCCAUAGAACGCGCCGACGCUGUGGACACCAGCGACCGGCCCGGCCUGCGCACGUCGCGCAUGUCCUGGCCCUCGUCCUUUCACGGCACCGGCAGCGGCAGCGCGGGCGGAGGCAGCUGCAGGCGCUUCGAGGCGGAGAAUGGGCCGACGCCAUCUCCAGGCCGCAGCCCCCUGGACUCGCAGGCGAGCCCGGGCCUCGUGCUGCAUGCCGGGGUGGCCACCAGCCAGCGCCGAGAGUCCUUCCUCUACCGCUCAGACAGCGACUAUGACAUGUCACCCAAGACCAUGUCCCGGAACUCGUCGGUCACCAGCGAGGCGCAUGCAGAGGACCUCAUUGUGACGCCGUUUGCCCAGGUGCUGGCGAGUCUCCGGAGCGUUCGCAGCAACUUCUCGCUCCUGACCAAUGUGCCCAUUCCCACCAACAAGCGGUCCCCGCUGGGUGGCCCAACCCCCGUCUGCAAGGCCACACUGUCAGAGGAGACGUGUCAGCAGUUGGCCCGAGAGACGUUGGAGGAACUGGACUGGUGUUUGGAGCAGCUGGAGACCAUGCAGACUUACCGCUCCGUCAGCGAGAUGGCGUCCCACAAGUUCAAGAGGAUGCUAAACCGUGAACUCACACACCUGUCAGAGAUGAGCAGGUCAGGAAACCAGGUCUCUGAGUACAUCUCCACCACAUUCCUAGACAAGCAGAAUGAAGUGGAAAUCCCAUCACCCACUAUGAAGGAUAGAGAAAAACAUCAAGCACCACGACAGAGACCCUCCCAGCAGCCCCCGCCCCUGGGGCCACAGUUCCAGCCCAUGUCUCAGAUCACUGGUGUGAAGAAACUGAUGCAUAGCAGCAGCCUGAAUGAUUCCAACAUCCCUCGCUUUGGCGUGAAGACCGACCAAGAGGAACUCCUGGCCCAAGAACUAGAGAACCUGAACAAGUGGGGCCUGAACAUCUUUUGCGUGUCAGAUUACGCCAGGGGCCGUUCCCUCAGCUGCAUCAUGUACACGAUAUUCCAGGAGCGGGACCUGCUGAAGAAGUUCCGCAUCCCGGUGGACACGAUGGUAACAUAUAUGCUUACCCUGGAGGACCAUUACCACCCUGAUGUGGCCUACCACAACAGCCUGCACGCGGCGGACGUGCUGCAGUCCACCCACGUGCUGCUGGCCACACCUGCGCUGGACGCCGUGUUCACGGACCUGGAGAUUCUUGCUGCUCUCUUUGCGGCUGCCAUCCAUGACGUGGACCACCCUGGGGUCUCCAACCAGUUCCUCAUCAACACCAAUUCAGAGCUGGCGCUCAUGUACAAUGACGAAUCGGUGCUGGAGAACCACCACCUGGCCGUGGGCUUCAAGCUGCUGCAGGAAGACAACUGUGACAUCUUCCAGAACCUCAGCAAGCGCCAGCGGCAGAGCCUGCGCAAGAUGGUCAUCGACAUGGUGCUGGCCACGGACAUGUCAAAGCACAUGACCCUCCUGGCUGACCUGAAGACCAUGGUGGAGACCAAGAAAGUGACCAGCUCGGGGGUCCUCUUGUUGGAUAACUAUUCCGACCGCAUCCAGGUCCUGAGGAACAUGGUGCACUGCGCAGACCUCAGCAACCCCACCAAGCCGCUGGAGCUGUACCGCCAGUGGACCGAUCGCAUCAUGGCUGAAUUCUUCCAGCAGGGCGACCGUGAACGCGAGCGUGGCAUGGAGAUCAGCCCCAUGUGCGACAAGCACACGGCCUCGGUGGAGAAGUCUCAGGUGGGUUUCAUUGACUAUAUUGUACACCCGCUGUGGGAGACGUGGGCUGACUUGGUCCACCCAGAUGCCCAAGAUAUCCUGGACACACUGGAGGACAACCGGGACUGGUACUACAGCGCCAUCCGACAGAGCCCAUCGCCACCACCCGAGGAGGAGCCCGGGGGACCAGGCCACCCUCCUCCACCAGAUAAGUUCCAAUUUGAACUGACGCUGGAGGAGGAAGAGGAGGAGGAGCUGUCCACGGCCCCGGGUAAAAUUGGAGUGCAGGAAUUGUCCACAGCCCAGGAUGCAUCCCCCGCUGAGGACCCGUUGGAGGUGGAUGGCCAGUACCAGUCUACAGAGGUGGAGGUAGAGGAAAUGUACUUGACACAGCAAAAAGACUCGGCAGAUAGUGUGGCUCCAGGCCAGGACGAGUCCGCGUCCCCAGAUGCAUCUGUGGAUGCUGUAGGCUGCAGCCUUCCCCCUGCCCUGUCUCCUGAGGGCCUCCCUCUGCCUGCCUUGAGGACCCUGCCCCCUGCAGAGGAGGACCCGGGCCUUCUGGGCCUCCCCUCCAUGGCGGCCGAGGUGGGGGCCCAAAAAGAGCAUCAGGCUGCCAAGAGGGCAUGCUGUGCCUGCACAGGGACAUCCAGCGAGGACCCACCCACACUCCCAACUCCUGGAGGGUGGGGGUCAGCUGGAGACCUUACCUGAGCCUCAGCCCCUGCACCCUGUUGCCCUCCCUGCCUCCCACCACCACCAUCACCCCCCGACCUUGUCCACUGCCUCAAAGACUCUUGGGCCUCCUGAGAAAAAAGAAAACAGAAAAGUGGGUUUUUUUCUCUUUUCUUUUUUUCCCCUUUCUCCCCACCCCCACCCACGGGGCUUCUUUUUGGAGGUGGGGGCUGGGGAACAGGGGGCUGAGGUCCCGGAAGGGAUUUUAUUUUUGGAAUUUUAAUUGUUACAUUUUUAGAAAAAGAAAAAAAAAAGAAAAAAAAACCAGGAUGAAACACAGCAACUGUAGAUGCUCCUGUUCCCGGCUCCCCUGGUCCAUCUCCAACCCCCUAGUCUGUCCCCCAGGUUCCCGGCUCAGUCUUCCGGCCUCUUCAGGCUCUUUGCCUGGUGUAGGGUCUCGCUCCAGGCUUUUCUUCUGAAUUUUGGAGGGUCUCUAGAACCCAGCCAGAAAUAGCCAUUCAGGGUGGGGCCCCAGGGGCGGGGAGGGGGGCGCACUGUGGGGGCCCCUGCUCCAGCCCCUCUCUGGCUCGUCGCCCUCACCCCAGAAGUCUUCCGCCUCAUUUUGCACAAACCUGGCAAUAUUGACUUGGGGUCAGGCAGUGGGGAGCUGUGGGCUUUAGGAUGCAGGGGUUGGGUGUGCAAGGGACAUUCACACCACCAACUUGGGAGCUGAGGUCUGAGGAGGGCCUGAUCCUCCCUCCACUUGCCACCCGCUUCCCCUUCCACCUUAGUUUCCGUUUGAAUUUUCUCUGUUUUGGGGGAUUGGCUUGGAGCCUCGCCCCUCGUUUCAGCUGCUUCUCCUCUUGUUUCUGCCUUAACGAUUCCCAUGGCCAUAGGAGAGGGGGUUGCAGUGGCUCCCCCCUGCACCUUGGGUGAGGUGGGGCCAGGCCCAGAGUCCUCAACCUGGGCGCCCUCCUCCUCAGCAUCUUCCUGCCCUCUCCCCAACCCUUUGCCCUAGGAGGAAGCAAUAACAGCGUACACCCACAUCCCCUUUCUGGGCAGCCCUUCCCACCCUGACGCCAAAGUCAUUUCUCCUUUGCACCGACCUUGCCAAGCCUCUCCCUCUUCCCCUAGAUGUUCCCUGAGCAAUACAACAGACAGAGGCAAGGCCAUUUUUCUCCAAGCCAUGGGGGACUGUUUGGAAGGAAAGGCCCCCUCUUCCCGCUCUGCUCUGCCCCUGGACCUGGUUCUGCAGCUGGGCAGGCCAGGCCCCUCUCUCUCUCAUUUCUGUCCCCUCCAAUUCUGAGCACACGGUACUGUAGCCCCCAGCUUCCCCCAGCCUUCCAUUUGUCUGUCUGUCCUAGUGGGGAGUUCCACCUGCUCCCACCCCCAUGACGCUGUAACAGGGUUCAUUUUUGUAGCGAAAGUAGUUUCAGUCCCAGCCGGUGACCGGAGUGGGCCUUUUUUUUAAUUUUUCUUCCUUCUUUUUCUUUCUUUUUUUUUUUUUUGUACAUACUGUAAGGUUGGUUUGUAAAUUAUUCUACAGAGGCAAAAAGGGAAAAUAAACUUACCCUUCCUCCACUGACUCAGUCAGGGGAAGGCGGGGUGGGGGUCUCCUGGAGGGAGUCUCCAUUCCGGCUGUAUUAUACAAACUGUACCAUAGACCCUGGAAGUGUGGACUCAGCACUGUUGUUUAAUGAGGAGUCUUGUCAUCAUAGUGGGUGAGGGCUGGGCAGAGCCUACCCCUCCCCCUGCCCCAGGGCUGGGCCUGAUUGGCAACUGGGGAUAGGGGACCAGGUGAGGUUGCAGGACCCCUGUGAGCUGCUUGAGUGUUGUCCACUUUGACGAUCAGUCGGUCUGCUGAUCAAUAAUCAAUCCUUUGAUGUUGUCUCCAAUUAAACCGAGGCUUUCACCAA